AUCCGCCUCAGUACUCCACCGGUUAUUGUUUUGUAUGCAAAGAUGCUAUUGGAAGAAAGUUGAGUGGGAGAUUUUAUAUUUUCAAGAAACAAGUUGAAAACGAAAAAUAUAUAAAAAUAAAAAAAGAGUAAAUUGAAGGAAAGAGAUAACGGAUAACGUGAAGGUGGAAUCUCGCAUCGGAAACCACUGCGAAAUAAAUCAUCAGUGCAUGAACUUCAAAACCCUAAAUUCCCAAUUCAAUUCGGGUCGGUAAUAAACUGGAGAAAAUGGAUCAAUUAAACCACGGCGGGCUCUAUCAAUCGAAUCAACUUCCUAAUCAUUGUUUAACAGAGUUAAAUCAGCUUCCUAAUGAGCCUCCUAAUGGCUUGCAUUCUGAAUCCAGUAAGCAAAAUCCUGAAGCAGAACUCAAAGACUCUAUUGCUGCAAGAAAAGUGCAGAAGGCAGAUCGAGAAAAAUUAAGGAGGGAACGCUUAAACGAGCAGUUCAUUGAAUUAGGAAAGACUCUUGAUCCUGAUAGGCCUAAAAAUGACAAAGCAUCCAUUCUUUGUGAUACCGUUCAAAUGCUGAGGGAUUUGACUUCUCAGGUCAGCAAGCUAAAAUCUGAGUAUGCUGCACUCACUGAUGAAAGCCGUGAGUUGACCCAGGAGAAGAAUGAUCUCAGAGAAGAGAAGGCAUCUCUUAAAUCUGAUAUUGAGAGCCUUAAUGCCCAAUAUCAACAAAGAGUGAGGACUAUGUAUCCAUGGGCCGGGAUGGAUCCUUCUAUGGUCAUGCAUCCACCUUCUUAUUCGUAUCCGAUGCCUGUUCCGGUUCCGACUGGACCAGUUCCAAUGCAUCCAUCUAUGCAGCCCUAUCCUUUCUUCAGCAAUCAAAAUCAUGCAGUUGUACCAAACCCCUGUUCAUCUUUUGUUCAAUACAUGACUCCCAAUAGGUUGAUGGAACAGCAACCGACUCAGUAUAUGUCUCCAAUAAUACAACCAGGUAGUAUGACCAGACAAGAAUCCAGAAACAAGUCAUCAGAUCAAGGAGAUAGCAGAACUGAGAAAAGUGAAGAUUCCAAUGAAGUGGCCACAAAUUUAGAGCUUAAGACACCUGGAUCUACAUCUGAGCAGGACCUUUCAUCUGGACAAAAGAAAUGCAAAAAGUUGUCAAAGAAGGAUAACACCCUCACAGAUGGAAGUUCGUCAAGUAGAUGUUCGUCAUCCCGUAGUGUACAGGCUGUGUCUUCAAAUAGUGUAGUUAAGGGAACAAAGACAGAUGAUUGACAUUGGGAACAGAAUAGGAACCAGGUUAUUACCCUUUUUUUAUUACUUCUCCUUUAGUCUGCUCCAUCUGUUGUAUAAAAAGGUUUGCAGUAAAGAGUCAGGGACAAUGGGUUCUGAAUUUGGAUCUUUCUCUUUGUAUUUCCCUAGCAGCUCCAAGGGGGUUGUGACUUGUGACAUGGAGGCUAGUGCUAUUGUUCCUGUAAGAAUAAUAUUGAAUACAAGGGAAAUCUAGCUCUCUAUAACAUGAAUGUAAUGGUGACAUAAUGCCAUACCAGUCACCAUCAUUAA